CAGACAGAUACCCAGCACUUCCUCAACACAAUGGCAUCUCCAGCCAUGUCCCGGAUGGUCCUCCGCCAGUCCAAGGUCCUCUUCCAGCGUCGCGCCGCCUCGACCACCUCCGAAGCCGCCAACGCCGCAUCCAAGGCCGGAACCGCGGCAAAGGAGACUGCCCAGAGUACGGCAUCAAAAGCACAGCAAGGACUGUCCAGAGUGACAAGCUCAGCCGGGCCUGCAUUGAGCAAGGCCGUGUCGAGCGUCAGCAAUAGCCUCUCGACAGUCGGCGGCCGCACAGGCGCGCUCAUUGGCUUUGUACAAGGUCUCAUUCCACACGUUGUAUACUAUGGCAAGGUAGUCGGCGAACUCGGCAAGAUAGUGUACUCUGGCCGCGGGAUGCAGCCACCUAAUGCGCAAUCCGUUCAAUCCGCCAUCGCACCGCUUCGAAACGCCGUAUCCAACCCCGCCAGCUUUGGGUCGCGGACUGCCAAAGCCGCCGAGAAGACUGCAGACCAGGCGAUCCAAAACCCACAGUCAUUCGUGGAACGACUGAGGAACCUCGAUCCUGCCGCGUUGACCCAAGUCGGCAUCGUAACUGCUGAGACCAUUGGUUUCUUCUCGAUCGGAGAGAUCAUCGGGCGCUUCAAGCUUGUUGGGUACAGGAGCAGCGCCGUGCACGACCAUCAUUGAAUGAGUUGUCGCGACAGAGAAGAAGACUUGUGUGUGUGUGUUGAAGCACACUAUACCUAUUAGAUGGAUGUGGUCAGGGAGAUUGUGGCCUGGCUGCGUCGGCAGGAUCGAACGGCGCCCGACACGAUCUUGUCGGUGCGUGUAACAUUGUGCAUAGUGCAGAGUCCUGAGCAUUCCUGGACGUAGACGAUAACAGACGGUUCUUUCAUUCUGUGUACAACAGCCAGAUACACAGUCCCUAGCUCCCCUCGAGUCCCAAGUCGAAUGAGCGGCGGACAAGAAGUCGCCAGCGACCUAUCAGAAACGUGACUAGGUGAGUCCAGUUGUGCCAAUCAGCACCAGCA